GUGCACCCAAGAAGAGGAGAGAGUCAUGUUUCCGUUUCCAAAAACAAUCAAAUUGCUUUUGCUUUAUCAUUUCUUUUUUCCACUUCAUGAUCUUGUUCGCGCCGAUGCCCCUCCCUAUCAAUUUUGUUCAAACACAACUAUUUCUACAAAUAAUAAUCUAUUUCAAUCUAAUCUCAAAAACCUUCUUUAUUCUUUGUCUUUAAAUUCUUCUGUCUCCAAUUUCUACAACACCACCAUGGGAAAUGACCAAGACACAGUUUUCGAUCUCUUUCUCUGCUACAACUUUGUAUCGAAAGAUUACUGCAAGAACUGUAUUGAAAGUGCAUCACAAGACAUCCAAACACUUUGCAGAAAAAGAAACGAAGCGGUUGUGUGGGAGGAAAAUUGCCAGUUGCGCUACGCUAAUGAAUCAUUCUUUGGGCAUUUGGAUGUAACAGGAAACAUUUGGAAAGACAACAAACAAAAUGUUUCUGGUGAUGAAUUUGGCCAGUUUAGUUCUGUCGUGAAUGACACAUUGCAUAAUCUUAGCAGGCUCACAGCAUUCAAUCCUUCAUAUGGUAUGUAUGCCACUGGAGCGGUGAACUUUACAGAUACUGAAACAAUAUACGCUCUUGUGCAGUGCACAACAGACUUGUCUCCAGAUGACUGCAAUACAUGCCUUGAAAUAGCAAUAGCAAACACUUUAAGUUGUUGUUCUGAGUCUCGUGGCACUAGACUUCUUAGUCCCAGUUGCUACUUAAGGUAUGAGUUCUAUGCUUUUUAUGAAGGCGCGACUUCUGAAAACCUGAGGAUAUUUGAAAGUAAGUAUUAAUUUGUUUACCAAUAUUGGAAUUUGUUCUACAAAUAGUAUUUCUUGACAGAAUUUAGUAUUUCUUUUUUCUUGAAUUCCAAAAGCAAGCAGGAGGAACAAUUGGAUGAUUGCUACAAUUGUAUCAGCAAUUCUAAUGGUAGUACUUUUGGGUUUUUGUGU